ACGAGAACGUGCGCGCGCGCAUAUCCGCCCGUGUUGCGCCGUCACACUCACGCGAAAAUAUAUUUUAAAAAUUCAACGUGAAAUUAAAUGUAGUGAUUCGAACUGCGAAACGAAAAUUUGUGACGAAUCUUUUACUUUCUAGUGUCAUUACGAGAUUGUUUCUUUUUACGGAUCUGGAGUUACCAGAGACAUUAUUUGUUGGAUUUGCUUAAGAUCUUGCUAUCGGCCGAGGUGGGAACCGUCAAUUUGUCCUGAAAACAUCCAAUAGAGCCGGCGAAGAACAGUAGAGCUAAGUUCCUGAAGCGCUCUCAAUAACGCCACUGCUAUUCUUCUAUAACCAAAAACAGAAGCACGAUGGAGUACCCCACUUUGUUUAUAGCUCUGGGGUUACUAAUGCUGGCGUACCACGGGCAAAGCGCGCCCAGUGGAAGAAGAUCUCGAGCUGCAAAGCUAUCGGAUCCAGAACAUACGACUAACCGCGAUAGUAAACUGCAAGACGAGUUCAAGGAAACUACAACAAAUCCACCCAAUCCACCAUCCAACAGAAAAAAUAAAGCCCUGAAUCUCUUCGGAUACUACCCCUCAUUUCUAUCAUCGGGACUUGACUACAACGAAGACGACGACGAUGACGUAGUCUUCGCUGUUAAUGACGACAACAUCGAUGAUGACGAUCUCUCCCGAACCAUUCCUUCGAGGCGGCGCCAGCAGAACAAGAAGAAAAACAGCAAUGGAAACAGCUUCCAGAACGAUAAUAUAAAUUCUCUUCAGUAUGACAACUCACCUAUCUUCUAUAUUAGACUGCCUCCCACUCCUUAUAUGUUUGUACCGGGUUUGGGGUACGUGUCGCAGCCACCGAACAUCGGCCCACCUAUGUCGCCUUUUACCCCACCUGGUGUACCUCCUCAAGUAGACCCUUUUAUUAACUUGCCUCUAGAUUUUGUUUCGAACGGCAAGCCAACUGGCGUAUACCAAUGGAGUGGUUCUGAAGGAUACCAACCUCAAAUACCUCAAAUGUCUCCCGUGGAUCCCUUUGGAUAUGGAGCCCCACAACCUGUUAUGCCACCAUCUCGACCCAGCUACAACAUUCCCUCAUAUUCCAACCCUAAACCUAAACCAGCUCCAACUAAUUCUAAAGUAACCGAUCUUAAAGGUCAGUACGUCUUCAACGGGAAGCCAGGCGACAGUGUCUACGUCCUUAGAGAUACAUACAACUCUAUAUACUCAGACGCCUUACAGAACUUCUACCCUUAAACAUACGCUGUGAAAGUAUAGAAAUCGUAUGACUGGCUCGUAUCGAGCUGUUGUAAGUUAUUAAGGAACACAAACAAAUGUAAACGAGGGACCACUUACAAUUAAUGAAAGUUGAAAAUCGAGAACUCGGAAUGUUUCAUUAAAACGAAGUAAAAUGACUAUUGAAAUGACAAUACUUUGAGUCACGCAAAUAUCAGUUGGGCUGUUAUAAUCCAGUACUUUAUAUUUAACUCCUUUUGUAAUAAUAGGUAUGCCACUUUUUCAAAAUAAUCAAAAUUAUUCCACUAACAAUAAAUGUACCUAUCUAAUUUACGAACUGCCUGCAUUUUACUUUAUUUUUUCUUUUCUUAUACUUUUACCUAAAAAUACUCAGGUUGUAAUGUAUGUAUACUAAACAACGAAUAUUUAAUAGACAAAUAAUCAGUAGGUAAGAAAAUUUUCGAAGGCCGGGCAUAGCGCGAAAUUUCAAAAAGAUGUAUGAAUACUUAAAAAAAAUUAAGAAGCACUUGAUUUUACUUCAACGUCUGUUUCUUUAUUUCUAAGCUAUCAACUAAUUAGAAUAAGUAUAAGAAUAAUUCAGUGAUUUUAAGUAAAUAUGUGACUUGUUAAGAUUUUGAGUCAGUUUUAGUGUUUAGAUUAACUUUACAUAAUAUUAUUAACAUUAAAUUAUUACGCUAAUAUUUAUUAUU